AUGACGUCGUUGGCCCCGUCCCACGUCGCCCUCGCGCUCCACAAGCUGGCCAAGGCGGGGGUCACAUUCGCGGGCUCGACCGUGCUGCUUCCGGAGGAGUACGACGCGGGCAAACUCGACGAGCUGGACCCAGACAGGCUGGUCCUAUCGCUCAUCAACAAGGCCCGGCGGCACCGCAAGGACAUGGACCCGGGGGAGGUCAAGCUGACUCAUGACGCCCUGACAGCCAUGGGGUACUCCAAAAUGCCCUCGCUGCGCGCCAGCAUGCAGGGCCUCAUCAAGCGGGACGGCAUCUUGCCUGGCAGCGUCGACGCGCGCGCAGCGCAGGCGCCGAUUUUGCCCGGACACACGCGCAGGGGGAGUAUAGACGACGAGGCGGGGCAGCUGGUGCAGGAGCUGACGCAGAUAGUGCACCUGGCUCGGCGGCAGCGCGUCGACGCGGACGCGGCCGCGAUCGCGAGCGUUUGCCACCGACUGGCGCGGGCGUGCGAAGAGGGGGGGGUGUCCGUUCCUCAGGCCUCCGCGGCGCUGGAGGCGCUGUCGCGGGUGCCGUGGCGGAAGGACGACAUCAUCUGCCCGCUUCUCAACGCCGUAGCUCGCGCGCUCGACGGAGCCUCCUGGCAGGACGUCUGCGGGCUCUCCGAGGCCCUGUCCGCCACCAGCAGCUCGCCGCGCCGCUCGCUUCCAAAGGGCGGGCAAGGGGCGGCUCUGCUCCCGUCGGUGCUCGCCAGGAUGCACGUGCGCGCCCGGCAGCUUCUCCACGCCGCUGCGCAGGCCCCCAGCGAAGACGACGCCGCCGCUCUCUCCGCGCCGUCGGUCCUGCGCUUCUUAUGCACCAGCUCUCUAACAUACCCCGUGGGUCGCGACGCCGGGACGUUCCGCGCCGCGGGGGACCUGCUGCUCGACACGUUCCACGUGUGGGGCGCCGAGCACCCCGAGACGGCCGCGGGGGCGCUGCUGUCGUUCGCGCGCGCCGAUUACUUCCACUCGGAGCUCGUGACGGUCAUCGACGAGGAGCUUGCGCGCGCGGCCGCGGACCGGCGGCGCAGCGAGCAUCUGCGUGCGUACCUCGCGCGCCCCGUGGCGUCCGUGGAGCUCCUGCAGGCGUACGCGCGCCUGCGGUUCCGCCCCGGGGUGGGGGUGGUUGACGCGAUCGGCGCCGCGGGGGGGCUGACGCAGCUGUCGGAGCUCGGCGAGCACGAUCUCAUGAAGCUGAGCUACGCGCUGAGCCACCUCCGCGUCCCGUUCGCGCGCGUGGGGGUGUCGGUGGAGGACUUGAUCGCACGGCUCGACACUCCCCCGCCUGACGUCCAGUGGGACCAGCGGUGGACCUCGCGGCUCGCGAGCAUCGCGCUCUCGCUGUGCUGCAGCGACGAGAUCACGCCCGCCGCGCGCGCGGGCCUCCACACCAUCGCGGCGCGCUUCGCACAAACGUCGCAAGACUCCUUCUGCAAGGACGCGCUCGUCGCGAUCGCCAAGUCGUUCGUGCUCGCCGCCGGCAUGGAGAACGCGCUUCCGGCGUGGCUCGUGCAGGCGGCGGUGGCCGCGUUCCGGCGGUCGGGCGCCGUGCUGGCCAGCGAGGCGGUACGCACCGCAAUUCGAAGUGGGACGCCCCCGGAGGCGCAGCACCCCGACCCUCCACGCGCGCACAACCUCACGCUCGCGGACGGCUUCCUCGCGCCGGCGUCCGGCGCGGCGGGCGCGGACGGGCACCUCGCGGGCGGCGCUGGCACCGCGAUCGUGUUCAACCCCCCUCAGAAGUUCUUCCGCAACGACGCGGAGCUGACGGUCGGGCGGACGAUGUGGCAGGUCCUCGCGCUGCGGCGCAUGGGGCUGUGGGUCGUCCAGAUCAACGGCCUGCGGUGCCGGCGGCCCGAAGGCGUGCGUGACGCCGCAGCAGAGAUCGCCGCAGUGGUGCGGCAGAGCGCGCAGCAGGCGCACGUGUGA